AUGUCCUUAAACAUGGAGGCAACCCCCGAGGCCCACCCGGAGGAGGUUAUCGUCGGCUGGGGACCGAGCUCUCUGGAGCACCGAGACCCAACAUGUGGCAACAAUGUGGGGCUCACCCUACUCGUGUUCGUGGCCACGCUGCUCGUCGUGCUGCUGCUCAUGGUGUGCGGCUGGUAUUUCGUCUGGCAUCUCUUUUUAUCAAAAUUCAAGUUUCUGCAGGAACUUGUUGGAGACACAGGAUCCCAAGGAGGAGACCGUGAGCCUUCAGGGUCUGAAGCAGAAGAAGAUGCUUCAUCAUCGUCACACAGAAUCAGAUCUGCUCGCCAAAGGAGGGUCCCUGCUGAUGAGGAUACUGACCCUUGUUGGUGGAUGGUGAAAAGCAGUUGGGAGCCUAUCUUUAUACUUGGACUUGCAACAAGGACCGAAGACUAA